GCCCACCCCUUUGGGUGGAGUCUGGCUUUUUCUUUCCAGUGUUGGCUGACUUACAGCUUCUGUAAAGUAGAGGCAGUUUCUGAACCCUAGGCUGCUGCCUCGCAGUUCUGGCUAGAGAGCGCCAAUGCAAAAGGCUGCUGAGCUCGAGACGCUUUCCUGAGCCCCGGAUCUUUCUCCCUUCUGGAAGUAUUCCACCACGAAUAUUUACCAAUUUUGAGACUCCCCUACAUCAUGGACCUCAUCGGGCUGCUGAAGUCCCAGUUUCUGUGUCACCUGGUCUUCUGCUACGUGUUCAUCGCCUCGGGGCUCAUCGUCAAUGCCAUCCAGCUGUGCACGCUGGUCAUCUGGCCUAUCAACAAGCAGCUGUUCCGCAAGAUCAACGGCAGACUCUGCUACUGCAUCUCCAGCCAGCUGGUGAUGCUUCUGGAGUGGUGGUCAGGCACGGAGUGCACCAUCUACACCGACCCAAAGGCCUCCCCCCACUACGGGAAGGAAAACGCCAUCGUGGUUCUCAAUCACAAGUUUGAGAUUGACUUUCUGUGCGGCUGGAGUCUGGCUGAGCGCCUUGGGAUCCUGGGGAACUCGAAAGUCCUGGCCAAGAAAGAACUGGCUUAUGUCCCCAUCAUUGGCUGGAUGUGGUACUUCGUGGAAAUGAUCUUCUGCACGCGCAAGUGGGAACAAGAUCGGCAGACAGUCGCCAAGAGCCUGACGCACCUCCGGGACUACCCAGAGAAGUAUCUGUUCCUGAUUCACUGCGAGGGCACACGGUUCACGGAGAAGAAGCACCAGAUCAGCAUGCAGGUGGCCAAAGCCAAGGGGCUGCCCAGCCUCAAGCACCACCUGCUGCCACGUACCAAGGGCUUUGCCAUCACCGUGAAGUGCUUGCGAGAUGUAGUCCCAGCUGUAUAUGACUGUACACUCAAUUUCAGAAACAAUGAAAAUCCAACACUGCUGGGAGUCUUAAAUGGAAAGAAAUAUCAUGCUGAUUGCUAUGUUAGGAGAAUCCCCAUGGAAGGCAUCCCAGAGGAUGAGGACAAAUGCUCGGCCUGGCUACACAAGCUCUACCAGGAGAAGGAUGCCUUUCAGGAGGAAUACUACAGGACAGGGGUCUUCCCAGAGACUCCCUGGGUUCCCCCACGGCGGCCCUGGGCUCUGGUCAACUGGUUGUUCUGGGCGUCGCUGCUGCUCUAUCCCUUCUUUCAGUUCCUCAUUAGCAUGGUCAGCAGUGGUUCCUCGGUGACACUGGCCAGCCUGGUCCUCAUCUUCUGUAUGGCCUCCGUGGGAGUUCGAUGGAUGAUUGGCGUGACGGAAAUCGAUAAGGGCUCUGCGUAUGGCAACAGUGACAACAAACAGAAACACACAGACUGACUUCGGAAUGUCACCUCCAAAGGGAACCUUGGGGAACUGUUGGCCUCUGCCUAGCCUUUGUAGCAGGGUUCAGUGAUGGAGACAGGGAAGCCUGGCUGGGAUGAAUGGAAACCACAGCCUCUCAGCGCCUGAUGGGAAAAGAAGACGUUCUUAAACCUUUUUUCCCCACCACAACCCCCACCCAACCAUGUGAAUUAGUGGGUUUGGUUAUCUUUCUUUUCAGUUUCGUGUGUGUGUGUGUGUGUGAGAGAGAGAGAGAGAGAUGUGGAGGGGAGAAUGGGUGCGCCGUUGCGUGUGUACUUGUGACCCUGUGACACAGGGUCUGUGAGGUUGCAGGGAAGGGCGGGGCUGGGGUGGAAGGGAAGGUGUCCAUGUCAUCCUGUGGUGCUGCGUCUUCUCAGACUCUCGAUUGCCAGAGACAGAGUGAAAAGUGCUUUAGGUAAGAUCACUAAAUUAUGCCUCCAAAUAAGAAAAAGAAUUAAAGUGUUUGUCUGGGUUGUCUGUGGCAUGCGUUUACAUGAAUCUGCUCUCCACUCUGCCCUGGAUGUGGUAUUCCAGAUGGCAGCCA